AGUAGUAGUAACAACCUUUUUUCAAAUAAUAAUAUAAAUAGUAGUAGUAGUAACAACCUUUUUUCAAAUAAUAAUAUAAAUAGUAGUAGUAGUAACAACCUUUUUUCAAAUAAUAAUAUGUUUAAUACAAAUACAAAUAAAAGUAUGUUUAAUACAAAUAAUAAUAUGCUUAAUACAAAUAAUAAUAUGCUUAAUACAAAUAAUAAUGUGCUUAAUACAAAUAAUAAUAUGUUUAAUACAAAUAAUAAUGUGCUUAAUACAAAUAAUAAUAUGUUUAAUACAAAUAAUAAUAUGUUCAAUACAAAUAAUAAUAUGUUCAAUACAAAUAAUAAUAUGUUCGGUUCAAAAAGUAGUUUAUUAGGAACAAAUAAUAAUAAUAAUAUAUCGAAUAAUUCAUUAUUAAAUAAUAAUACAUCUAACAAUAAUAUGUUCAAUAAUAAGCUAUUUCAAAAUACAAAUAAUAAUUUCAUAUCCAGCACGAAUACGAAUAUGACAAAAAAUACAUUUAGUAUGAAUACGAAUAUGUCAAAUAAUAAUAUAUUUCAAAAUAAUAAUAAUAACAAUAAUAAUAAUAAUAAUAUAUUUCAACAGAAAACUACCACAUCCAAUUUUAAUAGUGUCUUUAAUUCAUCAAAUAAAAAUAACUUGUUUUCAAGAUAA